AUAAUAAAAUUGGAGUUUUUUUUUGUUUUAAAAGAUAUUUAAAGGAUGUCUAUUGCAAGACAAUAUGCAAAUGUCAAUGAGAAUAUGCAAAGAUCAUAUUGGGACUAUGACAAUUUGCAGAUUCAAUGGGGUGUUCAAGACAAUUAUGAAGUUGUGAAAAAGGUUGGACGAGGCAAAUAUUCAGAAGUUUUUGAGGGUUAUAAUGUUGUUAGCAAUGAGAAAUGUAUUAUCAAAGUUCUUAAGCCGGUUAAGAAGAAGAAAAUUAAAAGGGAAAUUAAAAUUUUGCAAAAUUUAGCAGGAGGAUCAAAUGUUAUUGCAUUAUUAGAUGUAGUACGUGAUCCGCAGAGUAAAACCCCAUCAUUGAUAUUUGAAUAUGUGAAUAAUACAGAUUUUCGAAAUCUUUACCCUCGUUUUCAAGAUUAUGAUGUUAGAUAUUAUAUAUUUGAGUUAUUAAAAGCUCUUGAUUUUUGUCACUCAAAAGGUAUUAUGCAUAGAGAUGUGAAACCACAUAAUGUAAUGAUUGAUCAUGAAAAAAGACAGUUGCGUUUAAUUGAUUGGGGUCUUGCAGAAUUUUAUCAUCCGGGAACAGAAUAUAAUGUUCGUGUUGCCUCAAGAUAUUUUAAAGGUCCAGAACUUUUACUUGAUUUUCAAGAAUAUGAUUAUAGUUUGGACAUGUGGAGUUUAGGCGCUAUGUUUGCAUCUAUGAUAUUUAGAAAAGAACCAUUUUUUCAUGGAUCAGACAAUUACGAUCAAUUAGUUAAAAUUGCAAAGGUUCUAGGAACUGAUAGACUCUAUGCAUAUCUAGAUAAAUACGAUAUAGAAUUAGAUUCACAAUACGAUGAUAUUCUUGGAAAAUAUCCCCGAAAACCAUGGCAGAAAUUUAUAACACAGGAAAAUCAAAAGUAUAUCUCUCCUGAAGCAAUUGAUUUUUUAGAUAAUCUUUUACGUUACGAUCAUCAGGAACGUUUAACUCCUCAAGAAGCAAUGAAUCAUCCAUACUUCGAACCGGUUCGAAGGAAGGAACAAAAUGGUUAAACUUCUAUUUUCCCUCUCUAUUAUUUAUAAUUUAUAACUUUA